AUAAACCUCCCGGCCAGCCAAAAACAUUGUAGUUCAAUAAAGAUCUGUCUGACAGGCUAGAGUGACGGAUGUAACCUGGCGAUGGGCCAAUCAUAAAUGAAUGAGGGUUUUCUUAACCAAUGGGCGUUUAGGACGUAGACGCUGAGUUUAUAAAUUACAGGGUGACAAGCUAUUCCAUCCAACAUUCAACUGCCGUGUGAGAGCUGCUUAUCCCGGAUCCUCCGAAAGCCAUAACAAACCGCUUCCAGCCAUGUAUGCCUGCGCCAAGUUUGUCACUUCUCCUGCUGUGCUGCGUGGGGGGUCCAGAGUCCUCGUCCGGCCAGUCUCAGUCUCCCUCUUCAACAGACCUGAAGCUACAUUGGAGCAACAGGCCCUGUUGCCAGUCAGCCAGUCUGCAGGCCUGACCCGCUCCUUCCAGACCAGCGCUGUCUCCCGGGACAUCGACACUGCCGCCAAGUUCAUUGGUGCUGGUGCUGCCACAGUGGGUGUGGCUGGCUCAGGAGCUGGAAUCGGAACAGUGUUCGGCAGCCUCAUCAUUGGCUAUGCCAGGAACCCCUCGCUGAAGCAGCAGCUCUUUUCCUAUGCCAUCCUGGGCUUUGCUCUGUCUGAGGCCAUGGGUCUCUUCUGUCUGAUGGUGGCAUUCCUCAUCCUGUUCGCCAUGUAAACCUGGAAACAUGCCCACAGCUCCCUUCACUUACCCUUUGUUCCCUGUAUCCUUUCCUUCCUUGCUCCCGUCUCCCUUUCUUCAUCCGAAUGGGGGUUCCCAGAAUGGGAACCCUGAACGUGCUGGCCAUUCCAAUCAACAGAAAAAUAAUGAAAAGUAUUUACAUUUGAGGGUAACAAACCUCCAGCCCUACAGUUUUAUGCUCCUACGAUUUUUUUGUUUGUUUGUUUUUCAGAAGUUUUAUGUAAGACUUCACUUCAGUUGAAAUCUGUCCAAAAUAAAUGGUUGGGAUAAGUAAAAA